AUGGCUACUAAAAGACUAGUUGUCGCCGGAGGAAGUGGUUUUCUAGGAUCUAGAAUCUGCAAGUCCGCCGCUGCUCGGGGCUGUCGAACUGGCGAGCCACGGUGGGAGACGGUCAUGGACUCUGCGGUACGUCCACCUUGGGCAAGCUCGGUGGAAUGGGCCAAAGCGGAUAUUUUGAAGCCAGAGAGCUACAAGCAAUUUCUAAGCGGAGCUACUGCUGUUGUCCACUCCAUGGGAAUCCUCCUCGAAGCUGAUUACAAGGGCGUUGUACAAGGGACAGAGCCAAUCGUCAGCGGUCUUCAGCGGGCAUUCAGCUCAUCAAAGCUAGGUAGCCAGGAUCUCCUAUCAAGGAAGGAAGGCGAAGCUCUACAAUCGAAGGAAAGAGACGGCCAAUUGACAUACGAAUUGAUGAACAGAGAUUCGGCUAUUGCGCUGGCUCAGGAAGCAUCUAACGAAGAUGUACCCGCUUUCGUGUACAUUUCUGCUGCUGCCGGCGCACCGGCCCUCCCUGCGAGGUACAUCACCACCAAAAGACAAGCUGAAGACACCAUCGCUACUACUCUACCGAAACUGCGAAGCAUAUUUAUCCGCCCUGGUUUCUUGUAUGACUCAAGCCGAAAGUUCACUCUGCCAAUUGCGCUAUGUGGCAUUGUCGCAUCAGAGUUCAACACCUUCCUGGGUAAUAAACUUGACUUCCUCGGAGCUAUGGCUGAGAAGCCAUUGAAAGUCGAAUUGGUGAGUGAGGCGGUGGUCGAGGCAUUGGAAGAAGAGAUAAUAAAAGGUGUCGUGGGAACAAAAAAGAUUGAGGAGCUAGCAACAAAGGCCUGGAGAAAAUCCAUGGCUUGA